UGUUUAUUUUUACCCAUGUGUGACUGAGAAACAAAAGUGUUGGUCUUACAUUAUAUUUUCUAGCAAAUUCGUGAAGCACCAGGUCUAGUACCAGACAUACUGUUGUUGAACAAGGCAUAGAUUUCAGAAUUUCAUUUUUUCUCUAUCAGAUGGUUACAUUGGGUUGAUUUACAAUACAUCACCACUACCAGUACAGACAUAUGAUUUGUUGUUGAACAAGGCAUAGAUUUCAAAAUUUCAAUUUUACUCUGCCGGACAAUCUCAUUGCUUUGUCGGACAGUUGCAUUGCGUUGAUUUACGAUACAGGCAUUAGAGCACUGAGCGCGAGACUUACAAAAGCCAGCAACAAAGAGGAGCAUUCCAGCCGUAGUCUUUGAUUUCAGAAGGACAUGGAAAUUAUAAUUGCAAUUGCCUCAAAAAUUGGAGAGUCCUUGGUCACACCAUUAGGAAGAGAGUUUGACUAUUCGGUUAAUUACCAUUCCAACCUUGAAAGUCUUAAGGGUGAGAUAAAAAAGCUUUUUGACAGGAAAGAUGGAGUGCAAAGAUGGGUAGAUGCUGCCCAAAGGAACGGUGAAAAUAUCAAACCCGAUGUUCAGAGUUGGCUAAAGAAUGUGAACGACAUGAUCCAAAAAGUGUCGCAUUUUGAGGAUGAAAUUAAUAAGAAAAGGCGAUGUAUGUAUCGAUGGAACUUGAGUCGGAAAGCCUAUAAGAUUAAACAAGAUGUUCUUCAGCUCCAAAACGAAGGCAAAUUUGAAAAUGUGCAUCCUGCACCUCCACCAGAGAUAUGGUCAACAUUCGAAAAAGGUUUUAAGGAUUUUAAGUCCAGAAUGGCAAACAUGAAUGAGGUGAUGGAGGGUUUGAAGAGGGAAGAAGUACGAAUGAUCGGGAUUUGUGGAAUGGGGGGUGUGGGUAAAACCACAAUGGUAAAAGAAAUCAUCACAAGAUUGGAAAAACUGAAACUGUUUGAUAAAAUUGUGAUGGCAACUGUGUCUCAAAGUCCAAGUAUUAGGACGAUCCAGUCAGAAAUUGCAGACGGAAUAGAAUUGAAAUUUGAAGAGGAAUCCGAGUCCGGAAGAGCACGAAGGCUACGUGGGAGACUCAUGGAAAUAAAAAGGAUCCUGAUUGUAUUAGAUGAUGUCUGGACAGAGCCUAAUUUUGAGGCUAUUGGACUCCCUUCUGGAGAUGCUCAUAAAGGGUGCAGAGUCUUGUUGACAUCACGAGAUAAGGAAGUCUGCAACAGGAUGGGAAUUCAACUAAUUAUUGCAGUGCCAACUUUAACAACAGAAGAAUCACGGGAGCUCUUUCGAGAAAUGGUGGCUGCAUCCUUCAAUGAUCCCAAUUUACGUUCCACUGCAGAAGAGGUCAUGAAAGAAUGUGGACGUUUACCCAUUGCUAUUGUAACUGUUGGAAAAGCACUGGAAAAGAGAAGGAAGCAUGAAUGGGAUGAUGCCCUUAAUCAGCUGCGAAAUUCUACCCCAGUGAACAUCCCUGGACUGGACAACAAAGUUUAUUCUAGCAUAAAAUUGAGUUAUGAUGGCUUGGAAAGUGAUGAAGCAAAGUCAUGUUUUUUACUUUGUUGUUUAUUUCCAGAAGAUUAUGAUAUUCCAAUAGAGUAUUUGGUUCGAUAUGGGUGGGGUCGAGGAUAUUUUAGCAGCAUAGUUACUUUGGAAGAUGCAAGAAAUAGAGUGCAUUCUUUGGUUGACCAACUAAAAAGAAGGUUUUUGUUACUAGAUGGUGGCAGGAGUGAGACUACAAAAAUGCAUGACAUAGUUCGCGAUGUUGCCAUAUCGAUUGCUUCUAGAGAUCCACAUCGAUUUCUGGUAAGAAGUCAUGCUGAAAAUAAAGAGUGGCCAAAUUUAGCUACAUAUGACACAAUCUCACUGGUUGGCUAUCUAGAGAUUCCAGUUGGUUGCCCAAAACUUGAGCUUCUACAGACGAUGAAAGGACGUUUUUCAAAAGGUAACAUGGACAUCAUUUGUAAUGCGAUGAAAGAACUAAAGGUUUUAGCUUUGGUGGGAAUGGAAAUGGAAGACCUAGGCUCAUCAAGAUCACCAGGAGUACUGAAGAACCUGCGGACCUUGAUCCUAGAUGGGUCAGACUUUGAUGGCAUGUCUACUGAUGUUAUUGGGCCUUUGGAAAAUUUAGAAAUCCUCAGCUUUCGGGAUUGUUAUUACAUGUGUGAGUUGCCGAGCGAAAUUGGACGACUUAAACGGUUGAGGUUGUUAGAUACGACAAACUGCAGGAAUCUUGAGGUGAUUCCACAUGGUAUCUUCUCCAGCUUAUGUAGACUUGAAGAGUUGUAUAUGUUUGGAAGCUUUGAUAAAUGGGAAAUUGGAACAGGAAGAGAAGAAAAGGGGAUGGCAAGCAUUUCUGAGGUGAUGUCUCUGUCUCUUCAUUUGAAGGUUCUAUCCAUACAGAUACCCAGUGUCAUCCACUUGUUGCCAAAAGACAUAGUCUUGAAAAGCCCAACAAUAAAAUUCCAUGCAUACUUUGGAACUGGGGCAACGGCAUUUUGGGAGAUGAUCCAUAGACGUGCUGAAAGUGAUGCAAGGAAGUUGAUGACGACAACUUAUGCGUUCGAAAAUUGUUUGAUGAUUGAUGAAAGUGAUGCAAGGGAGUUGAUGGAGAGUCAAGCAGUUAGACUUAUGUUGAAAAAAUCUAAAAAAUUGGCUUUGCGCAAUCUUAAGAAUUUAUCUGCCCUCACUGAUUUAGACGAAGAGAAAUUUCAAGAUCUGAAAGUUUUGUAUCUUGAUCAUUGUCCAAAUAUCGAGUAUCUUGUAAAUGGAACAAGUGCACUCUUUCCUCGCAUACAAUCAGCUAGUCAGCUUCCGAAUAGCUUUUUGACCAACCUAAGAUUCCUUCGAUUGUCAAGUUGUGGUGUCUUAAAGUAUGCCUUUUCACUAUCAGUAGUAAGAAACUUGGUACAACUCGAGGAAUUAGAUAUUGGUGGAUGUGAUCAAAUGGAAGAAAUUGUGUCGAAGCAGGGGAGGGAACACGAUGAGGAAGCCGAUAUGAUAUCUUUCCAUAAAUUAACCAAUUUGAAUCUCUGGAGUCUACGGAGUUUGGUUGGUUUCUUCCAAGCUAACAAGCUAUACUCCAACCAAGAGGAAACAACGGCAAGGGUUGAGCAUCAAUCUGCAGGAAUAUUUGAAAAAGCAAUAUUUCCAUCAAAGUGCAUUUCAUGGUUUCCAAGUUUAGAAGAGGUACGAUUGACAUAUAUGAAGUUUGAAGGCAUGCUAUUUGAUCUGAAAAUCCAUAUAGUUAUGGAUGGGCAGACAUCUCGAACAUUUCCCCAGUUACGUAAGUUGGAGAUAUCCAGGUGUAAGUUUACACACUUGUGGAAAAACAUUCCGUCUGGAUUCCAGGGCUUCCAAAAUUUGAGAUAUUUGUAUGUGAGUGGAUGUUCUGGUCUAGAUUAUGUGUUCUCGCAUUUAAUUGCCUCAGAACUUUUGAAUCUUGAAGAGGUAGAUAUAUCUGAAUGUCGGGCCAUGGAAACUAUAGUCAGAAUCAGAGAGGAAAAUGAAGAGGAGGCGACAAAAUACAUGAUUUUGUUUCCCAGACUGAACAGAUUUAAACUAGUAGACCUGCGUCGUCUCUCAAGUUUUUGUCCAGCGGAAUCUACAUUUCAAUGGUCAUCCACGAAAAAUAUGCACGUGUACGGAUGUCAAAAAUUGAAGACAUUGGGUGCUGUAAUUCCACAAAGAAAGAAGUUGGAGAAUAAGUCUGAGAAGGACUCAACAAGUCAUGAUUUCAGCACUGAUGGAUGUGGAUGCAUACCAUAUUCAAGACGAAACGCCCAACGCCCCAUUGAAAUAUUGCCACGUCCAAUUAAUCAGGAGGUUACACCAACUAAUCUGGAGGACUCAAAUGAUGAUGAUAAUCUUGAAAAUCUUUGUGUAAUUGACUGUAAUUCAAUGGAAGUGAUUUUCCAACUCAAGGGACCAAAGCAUGAAGAAAGUAGUCACUCCGUUGAAGCAUUCAAAAAAUUGAGGUCCUUGCGGUUAGAUACGUCGCCAAGUUUAACGCGUGUUUGGGAGACGGGUAGUUCACAACCGAUGUUCGCAGGAAGCAGCUUCGGAAACUUGAAAUGGUUGAGGGUCUAUCGUUGCAACCAGUUGAAAUACUUGUUUUCGUCGUCCAUAGUCAAACUCCUUGUGAGUGUAGAGGACAUAAAAGUUACGAACUGUGAGCAGAUGGAAGAAAUCGUUGCCGCAGAAGAAGAAACAGCUGAAAUAAUUACAUUACCUAAAGUGAAGUCCAUCAAGCUUAAAAGUCUGCCAAAACUCAAGUAUUUUUGUGGCGAAGCUUACACUUUGAAGUUGCCGUCUUUGGAGUUAUUGAAGGUUAUUAAUGUGCAAGACUUAAGGCCAUUUGAUUCUAAGCUUGUUGACACGCAUAAUCCCCGAUUGCAAGUAAAACCCGCAUUUCGACAGGAAUGGACAAGUGACGAUGAAAAUGAAGAUGACGUGGAUGAAGAUGUCUAACACAAUUGAUUGAUCAAGAACAAAGGUCAUGUUUCCAUCUCCAACUUCUUCUGGGUUUAGUAAAAACUGAUGAAAUUAUCUAUAAAGUAGUCAAAAAAUUAUUCUACCAUGUUUUAUAGAAUAUAUACAUACAUGGAUAGUACUUAAAAAAUUGAACAAUAAGGAUCGUCAAACCACAUUCUGCUACCUAAUUGAUUUUUUUGAGGUACCCAAUGCAAGUCGAUCUAUAAUAUGCAAGUACUAACCUUGAGAAGCCAUUGAUAUGAACAAGAUUGAACCAUGAUUAGCAACGAACAAGCAAAGAUCUUCAUCUCUCUCUACACGCCUUAUGCACUCCUAUAUGGGGUAGUGUUUUGUGCUAGAAUAAUGUGUAUAAAAGUGGGACCUAAGCCUUAUAUUUAUAGGUGAGAGUAUUAGGUUUCUCGCCCAUAAAGAAAACCCUAAUACAGAUCUUUAGCACCUCUAAAAUCCAUGAACUAAUAGGAUUGAUAUUCCCAAAAAUUAUUGCUAUA